GGACGGAAGCCGGCAUGGGACGCGGAAGGUUUGUUGUGUGUUUCGCCUUUUCCUGCUAGUCUACAAGCGUGUUCGAAUGGGAAGGACCUGCUUGGAAUCCUUCUCGAUCGCGGCGGGGCCCUUUUAGGAGCGGCUGCUCUGAGCCAGAAGGGGCUGGAGGAAGAGGGCGGCGGCAACAAAAGUUGCUGCGGCUAUGGAGGACGACGCGCCUGUUAUUUAUGGACUGGAGUUCCAGGCACGAGCUUUAACACCCCAGACCGCAGAAACAGAUGCAAUACGAUUUCUGGUUGGAACACAGUCUCUUAAAUAUGACAAUCAGAUUCACAUCAUAGAUUUUGAUGAUGAAAAUAACAUCAUAAACAAAAAUGUUCUUCUGCAUCAAGUUGGUGAAAUUUGGCACAUAAGUGCUAGUCCGGCAGAUAAAGGUGUUCUUGCAACCUGCUAUAAUAAAACUUCAGACAGUAAAGUCAUGACAUGUGCGGCUGUUUGGAGGAUGCCGAAGGAAUUGGAAUCCGGCAGUCAUGAAUCCCCUGAUGAUUCAUCAAGCAACGCUCAAACCCUGGAGCUACUCUGUCACCUUGACAACACAGCCCAUGGCAAUAUGGCCUGUGUCACAUGGGAACCAAUGGGAGAUGGCAAAAAGCUAAUUUCUCUGGCUGAAAAUCACUUACUUCUGUGGGAUUUACAAGAAAGUUCAAGCAAGGCUGUGCUGUCUAACUCAGUUGCAUUGGAAGGAAAAGGACAGCUAAAGUUUACAUCUGGACGAUGGAGUCCCCACCACAAUUGUACUCAGGUUGCAACAGCAAAUGACACAGCCAUUAGAGGAUGGGAUAUUCGAACUAUGAGCCAAAUAUAUUGUAUAGAAAAUGCUCAUGGACAGCUGGUGCGGGAUCUAGAUUUUAAUCCCAACAAACAGUACUAUCUGGCUAGUUGUGGAGAUGACUGCAAGGUGAAAUUCUGGGACACCAGAAAUGUCUGUGAGCCGGUGAAGACAUUAGAAGAACAUUCCCACUGGGUCUGGAAUGUCCGUUACAAUCACUCCCAUGACCAAUUAGUGCUUACAGGCAGCAGUGACAGCAGAGUUAUUCUUUCCAACAUGGUCUCUAUUUCUUCUGAACCUUUUGGGCACCUGGUAGAUGAUGAUGAACUUAGUGACCACGAGGACCACCAGCAGGAUGACAAAAUUUUUGUGUAUUCACCUUAUAGGAUUAAAGAGCCACUUCAAGACAGCAUAAUAGCUACCUAUGAAGAGCAUGAAGACAGUGUGUAUGCAGUGGAAUGGUCCUCAGCUGACCCAUGGCUAUUUGCCUCGUUAAGUUAUGACGGAAGGCUUGUUAUUAACAGAGUUCCCAGAGCUCUUAAAUACCACAUACUGUUAUAAAUCUGGUAACAUUCUUUCAGGUUCAUUAUCUCGAUAUUGGCUAAUAAUUGGAAAUAUUCCACUUCUCAAGUGUCUUGCAUGGAAUACCUGUCCUUCUCCCUCUAGUGUAAAUAUUUGAAAAUUAAAGGAUAUCUAUGAACAUU